GCGCAAUGUAAAUCUUUCGCGCACGUUUUCCCCCCGUGUCAAUGCGCUCUGUCAUUCCUGGUCAUUCCUAGUCAUUCCACUCGUAGUGUUUCCACUGUGCUGUUAGUACACAAGAGUGAGGUUGGUUUUCCUCCAGGACUAGGCUGGUUGUCACAAAAAAACAAUGGCACAUUUUUUUGGUGAAGUAAUCGAACCCGACUCACGAUCUUUUUGGGAUAUCGAGGAAGUAGAUGCUGCUCAUUUUACAUAUUCCCUGCAAUGGGUCGGAGACAAUACAAUGCCGACCAAAAUCAAGACUCUGAUAAUUGUCGAAGGAAGAGAAGCUACUGAUUUCACUAGACAGUGCAGCCUAAAAGACACAAAAGAGAUAUGCAUCAUUGACCAUGGAAAGUUCAAACCUUCUUUUAUCUACAAAAUGAGCAGUAAUCCGGAUUUGUAUGUUUUUCUUGUGGGUCCAGAAUUAAACGCGAAACAUGCGACUGAAUUUACUCUCGCAAUAAAAGACUUUCUGUUUGCUGCGGGAGAAAUAAUAACGAUAAACUGUCAGCAUAUAUCUUCCUACAAGUGUGACCCCAACACAUUGGCAUCAUCAACAUCUUUUCUAAGAAGGCUGAGUACAAGAAACUCUACAGUCUUGUGGAAAGAGGUUGAGCGCAUAAAGCAGCCCAAUAUUUUACACGGAAUAGUUGCUGCAGUAAUGUCGUAUGCAGAGUUUAUGGUUCUUCCUGCCACGGCUUACAUUUUGUACGUUGAGGAUUUUUCACUGGAUUCACAAACAGCUCUACCACUCAUAGAACUCUUUUCAAGAAUCACUGGUGGUACUUUACAUAAGACCGUUUUCAAACCAAGUAGCUUUAGUAUUGCAGGCAAUCUUUACAUGUGAAUCGCAUUGUGUGAUAUCCAAUUCCAAGUUAAUAUAACUUAAAUAUUUUUUCGAUA